GGAGCUUCUCCCAACAAAGUGUCAACACCGUACGGACGCUUUUUUUAUAUACACACCGGAGCGGCGCCUCAAGACCCGGUUCGACCUCCGGGACCUAAAAAGGGUGCGCUUUGUCCGGACUUUGCGACUCGAAGGAGGCGAGAGAAGGAGGGAAUCCCAGGAAAGAAAGGGAAAACACCCCGGAGGUCUUCCAGCGGUGCGCCGAACAAAGUAACCCGGACAAAGUGUUGGAUGUUUCCGCUUGAUCGGAGGACGUCGUUCGGUGGAAGUAUUUCAACCCUUUUUCUCCUUUUUUCUUUUCGGAUUUAUGUCACGCCAGCUGAUCCAUGGCGACCUUCUAAGCGUGGAUAUGCGAGGGGAACUUUUGAAGGAUGAAGAGGAGAAAACCGAGUGAUUCGCGUUCGGCCAGAUCUGACAUGUUUCCGCUCGCAAACUUGUGAAAUCUAUGAGAAGCGAGCGGCCGCGGGUGGACUUUGCGUGAUUGUGUGUGUGUGUGUGUGUGUGUGUGUGUGUGUGGCGUGUGCGAGCGCCGACAAGCAUGGAGGAGUGGAGACAAUGCGGGCGGUGGCUGAUCGACUGCAAGGUCCUGCCCCAGAACCACCGGGUCGUCUGGCCCUCGGCGGCCGUCUUCGACCUGGCACAGGCGCUGCGUGACGGCGUGCUGCUGUGCCAGAUGUUGCACAACCUCUCCCCCGGAUCUGUGGACCUGAAGGAGAUCAACUUCAGACCGCAGAUGUCACAGUUCCUGUGUUUGAAGAACAUCCGGACAUUCCUCAAGGUAUGCCACGACAAGUUUGGCCUGCGGAACAGUGAGCUGUUUGACCCCUUUGACCUCUUUGAUGUCAGAGACUUUGGCAAGGUAAUAUCCACUCUGUCGAGGAUCUCCCAUCACAGCAUUGCACAAAUCAAAGGAAUCAGGCCUUUCCCUACUGAGGACACAGCAUUGAACGAGGACGAUGUCUACCGGAGCCUUGAAGAGCUGGCAGAUGAGCACGACCUGGGAGAAGAUGACAUCUACGACUGUGUGCCGUGCGAGGACGACGGCGACGACAUCUACGAGGACAUCAUUAAGGUGGAAGUACGACAACCCAUGAAAAUGGGGAUGACGGAAGACGACAAGAGGAAUUGUUGUUUGGUGGAGAUCCAGGAGACCGAGGCCAAGUAUUAUAAAACCCUAGAAGAUAUUGAGAAGAACUACAUGAUCCCGCUGAGACACAUCUUGAGUCCGCAGGACAUGGAGGCGAUCUUCGUUAACCUUGAGGACGUGAUCAAAGUACACUUUGCCCUCCUCCGAGCCAUCGACCUCAACAUGGUCACUGGAGGAAAUGGCCUGGGAAAGAUCUUCCUGGACUUCAAAGAAAGGUUGUUGAUCUAUGGACAGUACUGCAGCCACAUGGAGAACGCCCAGAAAACACUGGAUGAACUAAUAGCGACGCGAGAAGAAGUCAAGAUCAAAGUUGAGGAAUGUACAAUGAAAGUGCAGGAAGGCAAGUUCAAGCUGCAGGAUCUUCUGGUUGUUCCCAUGCAGAGAGUACUCAAGUAUCACCUACUACUGAAGGAACUUCUGAGUCACUCCGCAGACCGACCAGAGAGACAACAACUAAAGGAGGCCCUUGAAGCUAUGCAGGACUUGGCCAUGUACAUCAACGAGGUCAAGCGGGACAACGAGACACUGAAGAAAAUUAGCGAAUUCCAAAGUUCUAUAGAAAAUCUUCAGCAGGUGAAGCUGGAGGAGUACGGGAGGCCAAAGAUAGACGGAGAGCUGAAGGUUUGCUCCAUCGUCAAUCGUACUAAACAGGACCGGUAUAUAUUCCUGUUUGACAAAGUUGUAAUUGUCUGCAAGAGGAAAGGUUACAGCUACGAGCUCAAAGAGAUUAUCGAACUGCAGUCUUAUAAAAUGUCCGACGAUCCCAUGAACAACAGAGACAUGAAAAAGUGGUCUUAUGGCUUCUACCUGAUCCACCUGCAAGGGAAGCAGGGCUUCCAGUUCUUCUGUAAAACGGAAGAAACAAAGAGGAAAUGGAUGGAACAGUUUGAAAUGGCCAUGUCCAACAUCAAGCCUGAGAGAGCCACGGCCAACCAGCAUAACUUCCAAAUGCACACUUUCGAUAAGAACACCAACUGUCGAGCUUGCAAGAUGCUGCUGAGGGGCAUCUUCUAUCAGGGUUACUUCUGUUCUCGGUGUGGAACAGGAGCACACAAAGAGUGUCUGGAAGUGAUCACCAUCUGCAGGAUCAGUACGUCUCUCUUCAUACUUUAUAUCACAUUAGAGCACAUCAGAAUCCUCAUGACUUGCUGGAAUCAUCCUAAUGAUGCUCUAUUUGCUCCUCAUCUACAGGAACCUGGCAUGUCUUCAGGUCCCAAGAUGGUAGCAGUGAGAAACUACCACGGCACACCCACACCGCCAGGAAAGAUGCCUCUCUCCUUUCAAACAGGAGACUAUAUUGAGCUGCUGAAAGGAGACCCUGACACUUCGUGGUGGGAGGGAAGGUUAAUACAAACACAAAAAAGUGGCUUCUUCCCCAGUUCCUGCGUUAAACCUUACCUAGACCCAAAGCCUUUCCAGUCAUUAUCCAGCCGGCAGUCAUCGAGGGAUGCAGACUACUACGGAUAUCCUUGGUUUGCAGGGAACAUGGAGCGCCAGCAGGCUGACAACCUCUUAAAAUCCCACAGUAGCGGGACCUACCUCAUCAGAGAGAGGACGGCUGAAGCGGAGAGGUUCGCCAUCAGCAUCAAAUUCAAUGACGAAGUAAAACACAUCAAAGUGGUGGAGAAAGACAGCUGGAUCCACAUCACCGAGGCCAAGAAGUUUGAGAGCCUUUUGGAGCUGGUGGAAUAUUAUCAGUCCCAUUCGCUCAAAGAAAGCUUCAAGCUGCUCGAUACCACAUUGCGAUAUCCCUACAAAUCAAGGGAACGCUCGCUAACGAGGGCCAGCCCACGCUCGCCAGCCACCUGCGCCUCCUACAACUUCUCCUUCCUCAGUCCACAGGGCCUCAACUUCUCUUCCUCGCCAAGCUCCGCUCCCUUUUGGUCAGUGUUUACUCCUCGCGUGGUCAGCACAGCGGUGGCCAGGUAUAACUUUGCAGCCCGGGACAUGAGAGAACUGUCACUACGGGAAGGAGACGUCGUCAAAAUUUACAGCAAGAUCGGCGGAGACCAGGGCUGGUGGAAGGGCGAGGCUAACGGACGAAUCGGAUGGUUUCCCUCGACCUACGUGGACGAAGAAGGAGUCCAGUAAAGAUGUCAAAACAAAACAAAAAGUCAGGAACCAUCAGUCUGCUGAUUCUCAGAGAAAAACUCCGCACUCUGCAGGAAACAUUUUUUUUUGUUGAUGCCGGAUCGUGAGCGCCUUUCCCCAUUCCUUUUGCUUGAGUUCGUCUUUUUUUUCAAGCACUCCCCCGUUUUCGUUCGUGUACAGCCGAGAGGGGAAAACGUGGCUUGCUGUGUGAUCUGCAAAGGCUUUAGACGAAAAAAAAAAACAAUACUGCGGAUAGCUUUACGUGGAGGAAAAGGAAAGGAAAAAAAAAAAUGUCCUUGCGGACCUCUGCGAGGUGGAAUAAAUGUACAGUAUAGAUAAUUUAUUGAAUAGAUAUUAUUACCAUGACUGUUGUUAUUGUGCGGAUUUUAGCAACGAAAAAAAAAAAAGAAUCUGCAGAGAAAACGAAAAUAAGGAAAAAAAUAAAUAAAGACGGCUGCUCUUUUUUUUUUUUUUUUUUUUUUUUUUUUUUUCACCAGGUUGACAGAUUUUUUUUUGCCUUAGUUGUCAUGGCGAUGCCUUGUGGGCUGACUCCGGUGGAGGGAAUAGACUUUUGUGGCCCUGGCUCGGCUCCUCACGUAUGCAUGUGUCCAGGUGCGGCCCACACAAACAAACAAACAAACAAACACACACACACAAAUUGUACAGUUCGGUGCCUUUCUGAGAGAACGCUGAGUGGAACCUCCGCAAGCAGCCGCUUUGAAGAACGUUGAUGGACGUUCCUAAAAAAAAAAAAAAAAAAAAAAAAAGGAGCAUUCGUGCACAUGCAACAAAGCAUCGGCGUCCUUGAAUGCAACACGGUGAAGAUGACAACAAGCAGCCAUGUCGUGCCAAAGGAAACAAAACUUCACACUUUUUGGCCUGCAUGAACUUUCAUUUGUUUGUACUUUGCCUUAUUUGAUUAAGUUCUUUUCUGAGGUUUUUUUUUUUUUCUCCACCUCUUUGAUGCUGUGACCACUUCACUGCCAUUAGGAGAAGUGUGUGUGACAGUUGAGGGGGUGUAAGUCAGUGCCAAUUUACCUCCAGUGACUACUGAGCAUACUUCAGGGGUGUCCAAAGGGCGAACCAUUGUAGCCCUGCAGAUCAUUUCUUAUUGGCCCUUAUCAACCCUGUGAUGCAUGAAAUAUGACGACCUACUUCAGGACAUAGGCGCCGAUCUGCCGAUCAAUCAAUCUUUAAAAAUGAAAUAAAAACCAAUUCUGUUGUUGUUAAUUUA